GCUCUCUGAUUGGCCAGCGCGACUCACCAGACAUGACCGCGCUUGUUUUCUGCAGAGGAAGCGCGCGUGUGGCACUAUUGUAAUGUGCAAUGAAAGAGACAGCAGCGUUUCGCGAAGAGAUGAUGUGACCAAACAACACAUCUUAAACCAUCUUCUGUUAGAUUAGCGUUUUGCAAAAUAGCUUUGAAAAGCACCGACGCGCUGCCGUUUAGACGAGGACACUGCCUAAGGAUCAAGUGCCAAAUGCCAAGACUAGAGGAACACUGUUGGAGCUGCUCCUGUUCACCCAGUGUAAAGACGCAGGAGCUGUCAAGCGCCAGCUGGAUUGUUUGUAAAACGGGUGAAAUGAUGUCCAUCAUAACCUCAGUGUUGCGCCACGCAUACGGCUCUAUGCACAGCCUCCAGUCCGCUAACUUAAUGCGACGGGGGCUCGUGUUGUUUAUCGUCGGAGUAGUUCUCGCUUUGGUGCUGAACUUACUCCAGAUCCAGAGAAAUGUUACAUUGUUUCCAGAGGAAGUGCUGGACACGCUUUUUUCGUCGGCCUGGUGGAUCCCCCUCUGCUGUGGCACUGCUGCUGCUGUGGUUGGUCUCUUGUACCCCUGCUUGGACCACCAUCUUGGAGAACCACACAAGUUUAAGCGGGAGUGGGCAAGUGUGAUGCGCUGCAUUGCUGUUUUUGUGGGCAUCAAUCACGCCAGUGCUAAACUGGACUUUGCCAAUAAUGUGCAGCUUUCACUAACUCUGGCUGCCCUGUCUCUGGGCCUCUGGUGGACGUUUGACCGUUCCAGGAGUGGCUUUGGUCUAGGGCUGACCACUGCUUUUCUAGCCACCCUCAUUGCUCAGCUGCUGGUCUACAAUGGCAUCUACCAGUAUACGUCUCCAGACUUCUUGUAUGUACGUUCGUGGCUGCCUUGUAUAUUCUUUUCUGGUGGAGUGACAGUUGGAAACAUCGGCCGACAGCUAGCUAUGGGCUCAACUGAGAAGCCUCAUAAUGACUAAGUGGAUGUCAGAGGUCAUGAAGUGAGCUUCAAAGAGUGCCAAAACAGAGGGCCUUCAAACUGAGACUCUAUAUUGGGUGUUCCUGGUUUCUGUCCAAGUGUAACUUCUGCUCUUAAUUUUACUCCUCUUUAUAAUGAUGCAAGAAAUCAAAGAGCAGGUUGGUCUGAGUUGGCCCGGUGUGCCAUGAACAGCACUUUUGAACAGCCAAAAGAAUCCCCCUGGCAUUCAUUACUACCAUCAGCGUUGUCGUCGUUACAGCUCCUUGCAGUAGUGUUACUGGUAACGUCAGUCUCCUUAUUACCAGGUUGCUGGAGUGCCGCUAUUGGACUGUACAAAAUCAUAACUAGCUUCACUUUCACCGAAGGUGAAAGAGUGAAAAGUAGUGGUGAAACUUUGUGUAUACGAAUGUGUGUGUGUGCUGGUCCCUGUGGAUAAGGCCAGGGAAAAAAAGGUGGUGUGGAAGUGCACACUUUUUUGUUUUACUUUGCGCUGGAGAGCCGAAAGAGAAAUCAAAGGGAAAAAAUUGAAGACUGUGCAAAAUAACUAAACCAUCCAAAGAGGUCUGUGUACUGUCUAUAUAGGAUUUGUUGUAGUUUUAUUUUUGAAAACGCUCGCAGCACUGCGAGUCUCUCAUACAGACUGACCACCUUGAGUGUUAUUUUGAGUACCAGAGAGGUUUGAUUUGCCAAUCACAUUUGUGCCGACUGGUUAGUGUAGUAUAUUGACUGAAUUGAUUGUGUUUUUAUCAUACUUUGUUGCUAACGCAGACCAAAAGUAAAACUAGAAACAUUUGUUUUCAAGAAAUUAAGUGGCACCUUGAAAUAAGAAUUAAAUGUACGUUAAAACAUCAAGGAUGCUCCUAUUUGUAUUAAUGUAAACUCAUAAAAAUGGUGUAAAGAAUUCAAUUUAAAGGUUUCUAAAUCAAAAGGUUGGAAACUUGUGAUAACUAAACAUCCAGAAGACAUUUGUACUGCGGCCUCGAAGGUUUGCAAUCUGUGAUUGCCUUUGUAUUAUAGAAUUAAGUGCUUUUGUCACUUCCUCUCCAGUACAGUCAUUUUUCUUUUUCUUUGUACUUUAUUCAUUGUGUAUUGCUUAUCACAUGCAGCCGCUUCUAUAUCUAAUAUAAGAGGAAUCACUGGGCUAGUGUGUAGGUUUGGGGGUCUUGGCAAAUGAAGUGCAAUCAGUUUCUUUGAGCCUGGUAUCUUUCAUAUUUAUUACUUUUUAUAAUGUUAAGGUACCCCAGACGACUCAUGCAGUAUAGCAACAUACCAGCAAUAAACACAUUGUUUAUACAUAUAUGUGAAGAUGUAAUAUGACAGCAGACUCAUUUUUAAAAGAAGUCACACACAAAAGAUAAUAUUGCAAAUGAUACCAAUGACCAUUUCCACUGUUCUGG